AUGCCAACAACACAUCCCUUCCAAACAGGCAACUUUGUCCCCGUCCGCAAACAGCACUCUCUCACACCAUGUGAAUACCACGGCUCUAUUCCCCAGGAACUCCUCGGGGGCCAAUACAUCCGCAACGGCAGCAACCCCCUCAUGGACCAAGAUGCCAACCGCGCAGAACACUGGUUCGACGGCGAUGGGAUGCUCAGCGGUGUCUUUUUUCGACGGGGUAAAGCCGGAGUAUCGCCAGAGUAUGUGAAUCAAUAUGUCAUCACGGAUGUGCUUCGAGAAGCAUCUGCCAAGAGAGGUCGUCUGGGGGCUCCCAUUCUGCCUAGUAUUGCGACGCUGGUUGAUCCUGCGUCGAGUGUGUUGAGGAUUAUGUAUGCGGUGCUCAGAACAGUGGUGCUUGUUCUGUGGUCGUUUUUGUCAAUGCCAAUUAGAAAGAUCAGUGUUGCUAAUACGCAUAUUGUGCACCAUGAUGGACGGGUGUUGGCGACGUGCGAGAGUGGGCCGCCGAUGAGGAUGUUUCUGCCUCAGCUUCGUACAGUGGGAUGGUUUGAUGGAUGGCAAUCGGAGGGUGAGGGAGAUAAAAAGACAUUUCAAGAUGGGUAUGGAGGAUCCGGGCUAUCUGGAUUUUUGAAAGAGUGGACAACUGGCCAUCCUCGCGUCGAUCUGCAAACCGGGGAACUCAUUCUCUUCCAUUCAACCUUUAUCAAGCCAUUUGUGCAAUACUCCAUCAUACCCGGUGGAAACUCAAUAAAGAAAAUGCUCAAUAUCCCUGUCCCAGGGAUGACAUCGCCAAAAAUGAUGCAUGACUUUGGUGUCUCAAAACAACACACCAUCAUCUUCGACAUCCCCCUCUCCCUGGACCCAUUUAACAUAGCAUACAACAAGCCCGUCGUCGAAUACAACCGACAUGGUAAGACUCGCUUCGGCGUCUUCCCUCGGUACUCUCCUGAACAAAUACACUGGUUUGAAACAGAAGCAUGCGUUAUCUUCCAUGGCGUUAAUUCCUGGGACGAAUCAUCGCCCAUCAAGGAGUGUAGCACCGUGAACACCCUCGUCUGUCGGAUGAAGAGCGCCGGCUUGAUCUUCCAAGCAGGCAAUAUCAAACCACCACUUAAUGACGAUGACACUGGCGAAUGUCGACUAUAUUACUACCAGUUCGAUAUGAAUCGGCACAUCAUAUCGCAGCAAUGGGCACUAGCAGCUAUCCCUUUCGAAUUUCCGCACGUCCCCAAUCACCUUUCUAUGAGUGAAGCGCGUUACGUAUACGGCUGUUCUACGGCGUCUGGGACGUUCGGCCAGGCACUCGGGGCAGGGGUGAAAAUCGACUGUCUGGUCAAGGUUGACGUGGCGCAGUUACUCUCUCAAGCCGCUGAUACUCCUCCUUUGCCGGUUACAGGAUGCGUGGAUACGCGAUCCAUGGCGGAGAUAUUGGAUUCUACGAACCCUACUGAUCCGAUUCGGGUCUUCAGAAUGCCGCAUGGGUGGUACGCGCAGGAGUGUUCGUUUGUGCCUCGUCGUGCUGCGGCGUCAGAAGAUGAUGGCUUCUUGUUAACGUUUGUGUUUGAUGAGGCGCAGCUUGAUGCUGAUGAGUGUGCGCCGGCUGAUGCUCGGAGUGAGCUGUGGGUAAUCGAUGCGAGAGAGAUGAAGGAUGUCGUGGCGAGGAUUGUCCUUCCCCAGCGAGUACCGUAUGGUAUGCAUGGGAAUUGGUUUUCAGAGGAUGAGAUCAUCAAGCAGAGACCUGUUGAGAGGUUUCGGUCUAUUUAA